GGCGCCUUCAGCCAGCGGGCGCGGGAGGCGCGAGCCGCUCCAGCCGUCCUGCCUCCGUCCGCGCGGGCCGCUUGUCCCCUCGGGGCCCCUGGGUCCCGGGCCCGCGGCUCCGGGGGGCGGGCGGGGGCCCCCGGGGCCCGCCUGCUGCCUGGGGGUCUGAGGACGACGCCCUCCGGGCGCGGAGGAGCGGCCGCGGGUCCCCGCGCAGGGCGCCCAGCUCCGGAAGCCGGGCCCGCGGCGCGCUGGCGCCGGGGCGCCGGCCCGGCCCCGGGGUCCCCGCCGGCGGCAGCGCUGGUGGGAAGCGCCGUGUGGUGCGUGAAGCGCGCGGGGGCCGCGCGCUGGCGCUGGGAGCGCGCCGUCGGCGUGGACUGCAGCUCCCCGGAGCCGCGCUGCCUCUGGCUGCCCUGUCUCGGCCACAGCGACCGCCGCUUGUCCGGGCCGCGCCGGGCCAGGCUGCCACUGGGCCCUAGAGAUGGGUGCUCUCCUGGGCGCCCCCUUCCCUGGCAGGGGCCACGGACGCUGCUGCUGCACAAGAGCCUCCAGGAUGGCUUUGGCUUCACCCUGCGCCACUUCAUCGUGUACCCUCCAGAGUCAGCCGUGCACUGCAGCCUGAAGGAGGAAGAGAAUGGAGGCCGAGGAGGAGCUGUGCAUGGGUGUGACCUUCAGCAGCCACCCCCAGCUAACCUGGCUGAUGCUCACCAGGACCCUCCCCCCGGCACCGCUUGGAGCCCAUGGAUACCAUUUUUGUCAAGAAUGUGAAGGAUGAUGGUCCCGCCCACAGGGCGGGGCUUCGCACAGGAGACCGCCUGGUCAAGGUGAAUGGGGAGAGCGUCGUUGGGAAGACCUACUCCCAGGUCAUAGCUCUGAUCCAGAAUAGACCCUGGUACCUCAGCCUGCCUGACGUGCUGCCCUGUCUCUGUAGUGAUGAUAUUCUGGAGCUCUCCAUCAUGCCUAAGGACGAGGACAUCCUCCAGCUGGCCUACUCCCAGGAUGCCUACCUGAAGGGGAACGAGCCGUAUUCUGGAGAGGCCCGGAGCAUCCCAGAGCCGCCCCCAAUCUGCUACCCUCGCAAGACCUACGCCCCAUCGGCCCGUGUCUCCACCUGGGCCGCUAUGGUGCCUGAGCCCCUUUCAGCACUACCCAGUGACCCCCGGAGUCCGGCUGCCUGGAGUGACCCGGGGCCCCGUGUCCCAUCCACAGCCCGUGCCCAUCUGGACAACCCUUCCUUGGGGAUGAGCCAGCCCCGCCCCAGCCCUGGUGCCUUUCCCCACCACCCCUCGGAGCCCCGGAUGCCCCGUGCCUUCCCAGAGCCUGGCAGCCGGGUGCCCCCCAGCAGACUGGAGUGCCAGCAGGCCUUGUCUCACUGGCUGUCGAACCAGGUACCCCGCAGGGCGGGGGAGAGACGGUGCCCUGCCAUGGCCCCUCGGGCCCGCAGUGCCUCCCAGGACCGGUUGGAGGAUGUGACUGCCCACCGCCCAUGGCCCUGCUCCACCUCCCAGGGUGCCUUGAGCCAGCUGGGCCAGGAGGGCUGGCACCGAGCCCGCUCAGAUGACUACCUGAGCCGGCCCACCCGCUCAGCUGAGGCACUGGGGCCAGGGGCACUGGUGUCACCCCGCUUCGAGCGCUGUGGCUGGGCUUCCCAGCGCCUGUCUGCCCGCACCCCAGCCUGCCCGCCCAGGGACCUGCCAGGGCCCCAGGCCCCACCCCCACCUGGCCUGCAGGGCCUGGACGACAUUGGGUACAUUGGGUACCGAAGCUACAGCCCAUCAUUCCAGCGCCGGACUGGACUCCUCCACGCACUCUCCUUCCGGGACUCACCCUUUGGGGGACUACCCACCUUCAACUUGGCCCAGGCCUCUGCACCGUUCCCAGGAGAGGCCUCCGAACCACUCAGGGUUGGCCGGCCAGAACCCGGCACCCGGGCCCUGGAGCCCCCCGCUGAGGACCACCGCGAUGAGGUGGUCCUGAGGCAGAAGCCUCCGACGGGCCGCAAGGUCCAGCUGCCCCCUGCCAGACAGAUGGACCUCGGGCUUGGGGGCGAGUCCCCAGAGCCAGAGGCCGGUGUGCAAGGACGCCUGGGCAGGAAGGUGGCCCCUUUGGCUGCUACUGAAGAUUCUCUGGCUUCCAUCCCCUUCAUCGAUGAGCCGACCAGCCCCAGCAUCGACCUCCAGGCUAAGCAUGUCCCUGCCUCCGCUGUGGUCUCCAGUGCCAUGAACUCAGCCCCUGUCCUGGGGACCAGCCCAUCCUCCCCAACCUUCACCUUCGCCCUGGGCCGCCAUUACUCCCAGGACUGCAGCAGCAUCAAGGCCGGCCGCCGCCGCUCCUCCUACCUGCUGGCCAUCACCACGGAGCGCUCCAAGUCCUGCGACGACGGGCUCAACACCUUCCGGGAGGAGGGCAGGGCUCUGCGGCGUCUGCCCAACCGAGUACCCAGCCUGAGGAUGCUUCGAAGCUUCUUCACUGACGGGUCCUUGGAUAGUUGGGGCACUUCUGAAGAUGCUGAUGCUCCUUCUAAGCGACACUCAACCUCUGACCUCUCAGACUCGACCUUCAGUGAUAUCAGGAGAGAAGGCUGGUUGUAUUAUAAGCAGGUCCUCACCAAGAAGGGGAAGAAAGCGGGCGGCGGCCUGCGCCAGUGGAAGCGCGUGUACGCCGCCCUGCGGGCGCGCUCGCUCUCGCUGAGCAAGGAGCGGCGGGAGCCCGGGCCAGCGGCGGGGGCGGCGGCGGCCGUCGCAGGUGAGGACGAGGCGGCGCCCGUCUGCAUCGGCUCCUGCCUGGUGGACAUCUCCUACAGCGAGACCAAGAGGAGGCACGUGUUCCGGCUGACCACCGCUGACUUCUGUGAAUAUCUCUUUCAGGCUGAGGACCGGGAUGACAUGCUGGGCUGGAUCAGAGCAAUCCGAGAGAACAGCAGGGCCGAGGGCGAGGACCCCGGCUGUGCCAACCAAGCUCUGAUCAGCAAGAAGCUUAAUGAUUACCGCAAAGUGAGCCAUAGCUCUGGGCCCAAAGCUGAUUCCUCCCCAAAAGGCUCUCGUGGCCUGGGAGGCCUCAAGUCUGAGUUUCUUAAACAGAGUACAACACGUGGCCUCAGGACUCCGGACCAGCCUGCAGGGAGCAAGGAUGAUAGCACUGCUGCCCCCAAAACUCCCUGGGGCAUCAACAUCAUCAGGAAGAACAGGAAGGCAGCCCCCAGGGCAUUCGGGGUCCGGCUGGAGGAGUGCCAGCCAGCCACCGAGAACCAGCGCGUCCCCCUGAUUGUAGCUGCCUGCUGUCGUAUUGUGGAGGCACGGGGACUGGAAUCCACGGGCAUUUACCGAGUGCCAGGCAACAAUGCAGUGGUGUCCAGCCUUCAGGAGCAGCUGAACCGUGGACCCGGCGACAUCAACCUGCAGGAUGAGCGCUGGCAGGACCUCAAUGUCAUCAGCAGCCUGCUCAAGUCCUUCUUCCGAAAGCUACCUGAGCCCCUUUUCACGGACGACAAAUACAGUGACUUCAUCGAGGCCAACCGCAUUGAAGACUCAAGGGAGCGGAUGAAGACACUGCGGAAGCUGAUCCGGGAUCUCCCAGGACACUACUAUGAAACGCUCAAAUUCCUUGUGGGUCAUCUGAAGACCAUUGCUGACCACUCGGAGAAAAACAAGAUGGAGCCCAGGAACCUGGCCCUGGUCUUCGGGCCGACACUGGUGAGGACGUCUGAGGACAACAUGGCGGACAUGGUGACCCACAUGCCCGACCGCUACAAAAUUGUGGAGACGCUGAUCCAGCAUUCAGACUGGUUCUUCAGUGACAAUGAGGACAAGGGAGAGAAAACCCCUGUGGAUGACAAGGAGCCUCAGUCAGUGCCCAACAUCGAGUACCUCCUGCCUAACAUUGGGAGGACAGUGCCCCCAGGUGACCCAGGUCCAGAUGCUACCACCUGUAGUUCAGCCAAGCCCAAGGGCUCGUGGGCCCCCAAGAAGGAGCCGUACGCCCGGGAGAUGCUGGCGAUCUCCUUCAUCUCCGCGGUCAACCGCAAGCGGAAGAAGCGGCGGGAGGCGCGGGGGCUGGGCAGCAGCACCGACGACGACUCGGAGCAGGAGGCGCACAAGCCCGAGGCGGGGACGCCGGCGCCGGGGGGCCAGCACCAGCCGGAGGGGCAGCCGCCGGGCGCCGCUGCCCCCGAGCCCCCCGGGCGCCUCAGCCCCCCGGCGGUGCCGGAGGAGCGGCCGGCCGCGGAUACGCGCUCCAUCGUCUCGGGCUACUCCACCCUGUCCACCAUGGACCGCAGCGAGUGCUCGGGCGCCGGGGGCCGGCGGGCGGGCGCGGGGGACGAGGCGGACGACGAGCGCAGCGAGCUGAGCCACGUGGAGACGGACACGGAGGGCGGCGCGGGGCCCGGGGGGCGCGCGUCGCGCCGGCCCUCCUUCAGCUCGCACCGCCUCAUGCCCUGCGAUACUCUGGCGCGGCGCCGCCUGUCCCGGGGCCGCCCCGACGGCGAGGGCGCGGGCGCGGGCUGGGGGGCCGCCGAGCUGCCGGGCUCGGCCUCGUCCAGCAGCCAGGAGUCACUGCGCCCCGCGGCGGCCCCGGCGGCGGCGGGGCUCGGAUCGCGGCCCUCGCGCCUCGAGGCGCUGCGGCUGCGCCUCCGCGGCACGGCCGACGACAUGCUAGCUGUGCGCCUGCGGCGGCCGCUAUCGCCCGAGACGCGGCGACGCCGGAGCAGCUGGCGCCGCCACACGGUGGUGGUGCAGAGCCCGCUGACCGACCUCAAUUUCAACGAGUGGAAAGAGCUGGGCGGAGGGGGCCCCCCGGAGCCUGCGGGUCCUCGGGCGCACAGUGACAACAAGGACUCGGGCCUCAGCAGCCUGGAGUCCACCAAGGCGCGGGUCCCGUCGUCCGCGGCCUCGCUGCCGCCCGCGCCCGGAGCCCUGCAGAGCCAGCCCCCGCGCCGUGCCGCCGCCGCCAGCCUCCAUCAGUGUCUCUGACCAGCCCCGCCCCACCCCGCCUGGUGGCCGCCCCCUCCGCCCCCACGCAAACGGGCGUCUCCUCUGGCUUGCGCCCCCUCCUGUGUCGCGCCCGGGUGCAUCAGGCCCUCCAGCCUGUAUCUGAUUGGGAUGCUGUAAUUGGUAGCGGGGUGGGUAGAGGAGAAUGCCGGGUUUGGGCAACGACAGAGUGAAGGGGAGGGAGGGAGGCUCCAGAAACAGAGGGGGGUUGUAGGCUGCUGGAGCCCCGUGCAGGGCUGCUGAGUGCCUCUCCCCUGGUGAGUGACGGUGUGUGCCCUUCUGGCCUUCCUGUGUCUGCACUUAGGGAUCCUUGUCUGCCAUGGGGUGUGGAUAGGGAACCCCGAAGUCUGAGGCUAAAGAAAAGACACCGGGUGAUGCUGGCUUUUCGCUCCUUUCCUGUGCCCACCCGCCUCCUCUUAGCUCCUAGCUAAGGUGUGGGGGGAGGUUGAUUACGUCUGGGGAGAGGAGAUGUAGGGCGGUGGUGCCCAUGGGGGGAAGGGGGUUGUGUAUGUGUGUGUAGUCACUGUCCAAAGGUGUUACCAGUAGCAGCUCCUCCACUCGUGUCCCCUUCGUCCCUCCCCCCACCACUCCCAGGGCUCCCUGCCUUUGGUACACCCAGGGGUCCUGCCCCCUAUUGCUUGCAGAGCCAGAGAAGGGGGUUGGGGCCACUCCAUAGAGGCAAGAAUAAGACACUGACCAGGGCUUCUCCCCCACCAACCUUUUACCAAAUUGUAAAUCACCCCACCUAGGGGACUGCGUUAACCAUGGGGAGCUGCCCAUUCCCCAGCCAGUUUUGGGAGGGUGCAGGGCUCCCCCUCCUAGGCCCCCCUUGGCCCUCUUUUUAUUCUUCCAGCUGUGCCUGCUUCUUCCACAGCUCAGGCACACAGACCCCCACCUUCUUCCCCUUAGGAGGGGGCAAAGUAAAGCAUCCCUGGUGUUUCUCUCUCUCUCUCUCUCACACACACACACACACACACACACACACACACACACUGAUUUAUGGGGUCUGAGCUGGGCUGUUCCUUCAGGAUGGGCGGGACCCAGCCCCCUCUUCUCCUCAGCCCCCUCUUCUCCCCACACGUUGUAAAUAGACCUCAGAUCACCAGGCCUCCCCCACAUGCCCUCACUUAUUCCAGGCAAGCCCAGGUAGGGUUCUGAAGCCAAGUCUAUCAGUCCUCUUGUUUUAUGCAAAGAUUUGCUGCAAAGUAGAUUUCUCUGUCCUCCCUCCUGCAUCCUUUUAUUGUAAAUAUUGUCUCUAAAUGUGUAACAUAUUAUAAAGAAUUUAUAAGGAUUUUUAAAGAUGUUUUGCUCAUUUAAAAAAGUGUUAACAGUGUUGGCUAGGUCUCCUGUCCCACGUCCGCAUGUCUCCUUCCACUGUGUCCUUGACACACCUCUUUAGGCGACAACUAAGAUUUCCUGCUUCUGAAAAGUCCUGUCUUUAAAGUAUAGUCUAUAUCUUGGAAAUAAAUGACCUUCCUUAAGGCA